AUGGUGCUGAAGCGUGACGAUUUGUUGGAAGUGGCCAGGGAAUUUGAACAGGCUGACCGGCAACUGAGGAGAGCGCAGAUCCGUGCGGCUGUGCGAAGAGCGUUCCUGACCUCCGCUGCGGCAGAGAAGCAGGAGAGGAAAAACCGCAGCAUAAGCAGCAUUCCUGACCUUCAGAGAGAACGAAGCAGCCGUAGCAUCAAGAGGCCGGCAGAACGGGUUGCCAAUGGUCCACCGGCCUGGGGUCGCCUGGGGUGA